UCAAGAUAGUCAUAUAGGUUAGGAAACUCAACUAAGAUAGUUCGGUUUCUUUGAAUUGUGGUUAGAUCUCCUAAUAUGGCUAGCGAAAAAAAAUCAGGCAAAACAUCUUCGAAAAGUGGAAAAUCUAAUGAGGAGGUUUUCGCUGGAUUUCAAACGCUUCGAAAUGAACAAAGAUUAAUGGCCAGUAAAUUGUCCGAAAUGGAAAUGGAGUUAAAUGAACAUAAGAUUGUUAUCGAUACUUUAAAAAAUGUUGACCCUAAAAGGAAGUGUUAUAGAAUGAUCGGAGGAGUUUUAUGUGAACGUAUUGUUGAAGAUGUAAUGCCUACAUUAGUAUCAAACAAAGAACAGUUGACCAAAGUAAUAGAAGCUUUGAACGAUCAAUUAACUAAAAAAGGUAUUGAAAUAAAUGAAUACAAGGAAAAGCACAAUAUUAGAAUUCGAGGACAGGACGAUUUACAACACCCAGAAGAAGAAUCUAAAGAAGCAAAAAGAAAUGCUAUUGUUGUCAAUCCUAUUGAGGUUUAAACAUCGUUAAUGUUUUUUCAUUUAAUUUAAAAUGA